ACGUCACUAAACGUCACUAAAAGUCACCCGUACGAAGUUAGCUGUAGUAAUGGUAGACGAAAGCACUAGGAAAACUUUGAGCAGCAUUCCUUUGCUGAAAACGAAGGCAGGGCCAAGGGAUAAGGAAUUAUGGGUGCAAAGGCUCAAGGAGGAGUACCAGUCUUUAAUCAAAUAUGUUCAAAACAACAAAGAAGCUGACAACGACUGGUUUCGCUUAGAAUCUAAUAAGGAAGGAACCAAAUGGUUUGGCAAGUGUUGGUUUAUACAUGACUUGCUUAAAUAUGAAUUCGAUGUGGAGUUCGACAUUCCAGUUAUGUACCCCACGACAGCGCCCGAGAUCGCUCUCCCGGAACUGGAUGGGAAAACCGCGAAGAUGUACAGAGGAGGGAAGGUUUGUUUGAGUGACCAUUUUAAACCAUUAUGGGCUCGGAAUGUACCCAAGUUUGGGAUAGGUCACGCAAUGGCGUUAGGGUUGGGGCCGUGGCUGGCUGUGGAAAUUCCAGACCUAAUAGCAAAAGGAGUGAUUUCAUAUAAGGAGAAAACUGGUUAAUUUAAUUAAUUUUUUAUAUAUAAAUAAAGCGUUUAUUAUGUGUUUUAA